AUGUUGGUCCAGCACGUGCCAGAUUGGGUGCCUCAGGCAGUGAGGCAGCCGGACAUCCGGCCCAAGCUCGCCCUGUCCGGUUACCACCCCGACUUCCCCGACCACCACUCGUCCUUCCGAGACGCUUCCUAUCCGGACGGCGUCGCCUCGCGCUUCAGCAUGUCGUCAUUAGGCUCAUACUUCCUCGACCUGCUCUAUUCUUUGACCAAUUGCAUGUCAUGCUUUCCCGGCACGCCGCAACUUAAAAUCAACGGCCGCAGCUUCAAGAUCUUGCGCCUUCUCGGCGAGGGCGGCUUCUCUUAUGUCUACCUCGUUCAGGACGGGUCGGGCGCGAACCUGUACGCGCUCAAGAAGAUACGGUGUCCCUUCGGCCAGGAGUCGGUGUCGCAGGCGCUCAAAGAAGUCGAGGCGUACAGCCUAUUCUCGCCGCAUCCCAACAUCAUUCACUGCAUAGACCACAGCAUCGCGUCGGACAAAUCGGACCCAGGCGCGAAGACGGUGUACAUCCUGCUUCCGUACUAUCGGAGAGGCAACCUGCAGGACAUGAUCAAUGCAAACCUCGUCAAUCAUACCAAUUUCCCGGAGCGCAGGUUGAUGAUCCUGUUCCUCGGCGUGUGCAAGGCGCUGAAGGCCAUGCAUCAGUACAAAGUCAAGGGAGCGCCUGGUGGGGCGGCGAGCCAAGCAAAGGCGAAGAGGGUGAGACAGCAGGCUGCUCGGGCUGAUGCGGACGCUGCGGAUGAGGCUGGGGACGAGGCGGCGGAGCCUCUGAUGGAUGACGAAGUCACGGCAGCCCAGGAUGGCGUUGCGCCGGGACAGCAACGCGCGUACGCGCACAGGGAUAUCAAGCCAGGCAACAUUAUGAUUGCCGACGACGGCAAGACGCCAAUUCUCAUGGACCUGGGCUCGCUUGCACCAUCGCCCAUCCAAAUUACUUCGCGCUCGUUAGCCCUUCAAGUGCAAGAUACGGCGGCUGAGCACAGCACCAUGCCAUACCGGGCCCCGGAGCUGUUCGAUGUGAAGACGGAUACAGCGAUCGACACCAAGGUUGACAUUUGGUCGCUUGGCUGCACUCUCUACGCAUGUCUCGUUGGCAAGUCACCUUUCGAAGCGCGCUCCGAGGAGACUGGUGGCAGCCUGAGCCUCUGCGUGCUUGGUGGCGACUGGCGUUUCCCGGACGAGAGCUCUGCGCAGGAUCACGGCAGGCAGAAGCAGCCGGUUGGGUCGGCGGUAGCGCGGGAGGAAGGCAGCAUCAGCGACCCAGUCAAGGAGGUUGUGAGGAAAUGCCUGAGAGUCGAGCCGUCGGAGCGACCGGACGUGGACGAGCUGAUCCAGAUCGUGGAGGACGUGAUUGCGGAGCUGCCGGGCGACGAUGGCGUCGACGACUGA